AUGCUCAAUAUAUCGCCGAACAGUAGCUUUGUGCGGGAUGCAUCAGGAAUUACGACAGAUCGUCUAAAAUUUCUACUCAGUCAAACAUCACAACGUCAAUCCAUCAAUCGAGAUAAACAAUCAACGCAAAAACGAAUAUUAUUUAGUGUAAUUUUUCUAUGCCUAGUUCAAAUAAUUGUUCCAGACAGUUUUUUGCACUUGAAUGACAAAAUAUGGAAUGCUAAAAGAUUUAUUGUUGUGACUUGUCUUCUUUAUACAAUUCGUGUAUUCGUACAUUACAUACAUAUAUCAUUAGCUAGAUAUGUAUUUUUAACGAAAAAUGAAUUGAAACAACUUGGUUUAUUAUCACCAGAAUCAGGUUUUGUUAUAUGUGAUGUGCCUCAAGAUGUCGAAGCUGCUUUCAACCGUCAUAAAUAUUUCAAUAGAUUAUUAUGUUGGAUUUCACCACCAUCAUUGUAUACAUCGAUUCUUAAUAAACAAAAAGCAACUGGUACAACACUUCCAUUACGGGUUCUAACAGCAACUCUUGCUGAUCGUAUAGCAUCGUUAAUAAAUAUUCGUCAUGUAACUUCACCAAAUAAAUUUGAUCAACAGAGAGAUAUAUAUGACCAUACGAAUUCGAGUAUUGCUUCUCCAGACCCAUUAGCAACAUUAAGAAAUAGUGUCUAUUGGCAACCAUCUCCAGAAUCACCGUCGACAAAUUUAAGUGAUUGUUCACGCUACUUGAAUGAAUUUGAGCGUGAAGCAUUAGAUCUAUCAAAUGCAAGUCAUAAUCGAAGUUUAAACGAAUCUUUUUGUCGAAGUCCUAUUAUUUCAACAAAUGCUAUGAAUGAUACUCUAGCCGAACUUCGCUCUCGUCCAUAUCAAAUGGCACAUGUUCGUUCGGCAACCAGUAAAAAUGGGUCAACAGUAGUUGAUGAUGAUACACGAAAAUCUGAUUAUAAAAGAAUUAUUAGUAGUAGUACUGGAUCUGGUAGUAAUCAAGCAGGUGGCACUCAAAAUACAGUUAAAUGGCGUAAAGUACGUAUUGAUGGACCACAAUUGUUUGUUUUACGUGAAAAUAUGCGCAAAUGGCUAACGAAAACAAUUCUUGUUCCAUUAACACGUGAUAUUGAAAACGUUAAUCAAUCAUUAAUUACUCUUGGUCAUACAGAUAUUGGAAUUGGAAAAACAACACCAAAUGAAAUAAAAUCAUUUAUUCGUUCAUGCACAAAUUCGACAUUGGUUUCUCAAUUGAAUGAAAUAUUACCUAAUUUUGAAAUCCAUUCAAAUCAAGAAUAUAUACUUUCUCGAAUACAAAUUCUAGCACGUACAUAUAUGGCGGAGUUCAAUUGGAAAGCCGGUGUCAUUACGGAUGCUGAACUUGUAUUUAAUUUAUUUUGUAUUUAUUUUGAUCGACGUCUUACACCAGAUCCACGAUUCUUAGAUGGAAAAGUAUUUCGUGGUAAUUAUGUUGUACGUCAAGCACAACUAACAAAUAUAGCUCGAUAUCCAACCGCUCUAUUUGUCUAUCAAGAUAAACCACCUGUGUAUAAAGUUGUGUCCAAUGGUGAAAUUCAUGAUGUACCAGCUGGUGAUCACAAUCUACUUGAUUGUCUUCUUCUAUUUGUUGAAUGUGUCAAUUCGACUCGAAAUGGGCACAUCGGGUCACUAAAUUUGGGUGCUAGUGGUGUGGACAUUUUAUGGACCACAAUUUCACCAUCAUUAUCAUAG